CCGAGAACCAUGAGCACAGGAUUAUUUGUGCUCCUGAUGACAACCGUGGCAGCAUGCGAGGGAGCCAUUUACUUUGAUCAAAGGCCUCACCAGCCAGCAAGUGAAUGUCGGAAUUUCGGCAAAGAGAGGCCUGAAUUGGAAGCGCCAGGUUAAUCCCUUGAAAUCAAACGCAAUAUCGGAAAUCUUCAAAAACUAAUAUUUACCCUUAAAUGAGUUCAUUUUUUAAUUAUAAUUAAAAUUUUAAUCUUUACUCCUUUUUGUAACUGGCAUUUCUUGACGUUCAUUUUAGUGUAUUCUCCUGGAGAUGAAAAUUUGAGUUUUGAAGAUUGCGGUCUUUGGGAUGGUACUGGUGACAUGCCGUGGACCGUGAUAAUCAUCAUUUACACUAAUGAUGGCGCUUUUGCAAGCGACACGACAAUCCCAUGUAUGGCUUUUUGGUGUCGAAGCAAACUGUGCUGGUCCCUUUUCGUUCAGUUAUACCCAAAUACGAAGUGGAAAACUAUCGCCUGUAUGCUGGUCCAUGCUAUUCUGGGCCAAAAACAGAUUCUUGUAAAUUUGGAAGAGGAUUACUUCAGCAAAAAGUUUUAUCAAGGGAAAGUUUCUUUUUGAAAAUCCAACCAGUGGCAAUCACGCAGCAUUUGAGGCCAAUCUGUUUAUGGAAUCGGAACAAUUUGCAAGACUCCAUUUUUCCAACCUUUAUUUUUACUAAAAAGGAGACCAAACUUAGGGCUGCUACACUGCUGAACCAUCAACAAUGCUAUCGCAAUAAUUUGACAUAUCCUCCAAUUUGCGAUAAUAUGGAAAGGCUCAUGUGCACUGGCUUGGAAUUAUCAGGAGUAUUUCUUACUAUGAAGGUUGCAAACCGACAUUAUCUACGUGCUGUCGAAUGGGGCUAUCCAGUGCUUAGUAAAGAUCUGGUUGAAAAUAGGAUUCUCUGGUCGGAUAUUAUUUAUUUCGUUAGCCUUAUUGUUGCUCUCUCGCCUGAUUUGACUCUGAUGCCAAAACCCCCUAAACCAGCAAAAAAGAUAGACUUUGGUGUCCAGGAGAGCUUUGCAGGUUGCGGGGAAAUCACACAAGACAAAAGAAGAGGCCGUCAACGGCGAGACGACUCGCGGUUCGCAUUAAUUCACCAUGGCACAAACGCUCCGAUCGAGCAAAAUCCCUGGCACGCGAGUCUGACUGUACACUUGCCAAUGACAGAACCAAAUUACGACUUCUGCGGCGGCACAUUGGUGUCCAAGAGGGUUGUAGUGACAGCCGCCCAUUGCCUCUACAGUCCAUCAACUGGUGCUCAAUAUGAAGCCGAAUGGCUGGAAAUUACCUUAGGGAUGUAUAACGCAGUAGACAGCGAUGAAAUCGGGCGACAGAUGGUCCGGGCUGCUUCAGUUGUUAUUCAUCAGGAAUACAACCACGAUAGAAAAGAUUUGCAGCACGACUUGGCAUUGAUAAUCGUGAAAGAAAGCAGCAUACAAAUCACAGAGCGCGUAAAGCCUGCCUGCUUGUGGAACAGAGAAUAUGACUUUCAUCACAUUCAAAAUAAAAUUGGAAAGGUUGUUGGCUUUGGCCUGAUAGAAAACUACUCGCGGCCAAACAUCCUGCAGAAGGCGUUUUUGAGAAUUGCACCACAUGAAGAUUGCUUUUAUUCCAAUAAGAAGUUCUUCUCAAAGAAUUUGAGGCCGGUACAAAACUUUUGCGUUGGAUUUCCUAACAAUGCGACAAACGUUUGCGCCGGAGACAGCGGGGGUGGACUGCUCAUCGCCGAGAGCACCUCUACCGGCAAACAGCGAUUCUUUUUGCGAGGUGUUGUUAGUUUCGGCCUCUCCAAAAUUGAGGAGAUAAAUAAUGUUAGAACUCGCGUUUGUGAUACGAAUCAAUUCGCUCUUUUUGUAGAUAUCACUUACUACAUGGAUUGGAUUGUCCGGAACAGUCCUGAUAUUUCUGGUAAUCUGUGAUUAACCUAUCAGGCCACGCUUGCAAACCAAUUAAAUUUAAAAACGUUGAGUUCCAAAA